AUGUUAGACGCCUUAAUCUAAGUAGCUCCGGUGAAACAGAAACCCUAAGACACUCCACUCCACUCCAUUCCACUCCAUUCCAUUCAGCCAUUCCUCAUUGGUCUCAGUGAUAUAAAUAAAGCAAUUGCGAUUUGAUUAUGUCUGAUUCACGACCCCACACGUUUUCGAUUAAGCUCUGGCCCCCGAGUUUACCUACAAGGCAAGCUCUCAUCGAGCGCAUCACCAACAACCUCUCUUCCAAGUCCGUUUUCACCGACAAGUACGGUUCUUUAACCGUUGACCACGCCACAGAGAAUGCUAAGAGGAUCGAGGACGUUGCCUUCUCCACUGCUAACCAGCAGUUCGAGAGAGAGCCUGACGGUGACGGCGCUUCCGCUGUUCAGCUUUACGCUAAGCAAUGCAGUAAACUCAUCUUGGAGCUUCUCAAGAAAGGCCCUGUUGCUGCUAAAGGAGAGACUCUUUCUCAACAAGAGUCUCCUCGUGAGACUGUUUUCGAUAUCUCUCAAGGAAAAAGGGCUUUUAUUGAGGCUGAGGAAGCUGAGGAGCUUCUUAAACCCUUGAAGGAACUUGGGAAUGGUUACACUAAGAUAUGUUUUAGUAAUAGGAGUUUUGGUUUAGGAGCUGCUCGUGUCGCUGAGCCUAUCUUGGCCUCUCUGAAAGACCAGCUUAAGGUGGUUGACUUGUCUGAUUUUGUAGCUGGGAGACCUGAGGUUGAAGCACUUGAUGUUAUGAACAUAUUCUCAAACGCUCUGGAAGGUAGUGUCCUCUCGUCUCUCAACUUAUCUGACAACGCUUUGGGUGAGAAAGGUGUUAGAGCGUUUGGUACGCUCUUGAAAUCUCUGAGCUCUUUGGAAGAGCUUUAUCUGAUGAACGAUGGUAUCUCUAAAGAAGCUGCACAGGCCGUCUCAGAGCUGAUUCCUUCGACGGAGAAGCUGAGGGUCCUUCAUUUUCAUAACAACAUGACGGGAGAUGAAGGUGCGGUUGCAAUCGCAGAGGUUGUCAAGCGCUCGCCGUUAUUGGAGAGUUUCAGGUGUUCUUCCACAAGAGUUGACUCUGUUGGAGGGAUAGCUUUGUCGGAAGCGCUUGAGUGCUGUGCUCAUAUGAAGAAGCUUGAUCUGAGGGAUAACAUGUUUGGCACAGAAGCUGGAGUUUCUCUGGGGAAAACUCUUUCGAGCUACAAACAUUUGACUGAGCUUUACUUGAGUUAUCUAAACCUAGAGGAUGAAGGUGCAAUAGCCAUAGCGGAGGCUCUCAAGGAGUCUGCUUCGCCUAUUGAGGUUCUCGAGAUGGCGGGGAAUGACAUAACAGUUGGAGCAGCUUCAGCUAUCGCAGCAUGUGUAGCAGCGAAACAAGAACUGAACAAGUUGAAUUUGUCUGAGAAUGAGCUGAAAGAUGAGGGAUGUGUUGAGAUCGCAAAGAGUCUGGAAGAGGAUCAUCCGAAGUUGCAGUACAUUGAUAUGAGCAAUAAUUACAUAAGAAGGGCAGGAGCGGUGGCCUUGGCUGAUGUUGUUAUAAAGAAAGAAGGUUUCAAGCUGUUGAACGUCGAUGGGAAUAUCAUAUCAGAGGAAGGUGUUGAAGAAGUUAAAGAGAUGUUCAAGAAAAAGCCAGAGUUACUUGGAGAUUUGGAUGAGAAUGAUCCUGAUGGAGAAGAAGGAGAUGAUGAUGAGGAAGAGGAAGAAAAAGAAGAUGAAGAGGAUGGUGAGUUGGAAUCAAAGCUGAAGAACCUUGAAGUUAAUGAGGAUGAUUAAGUCAGUCUCUGUGAUGUUGGUUCUUUUCAGUGUUUCGUUUGUUUUGUACCAGGGGGAUUACUUUGCUGCGGCUCUGUUGCUACAAAGACCAAAAAUAUUGACACUUAUCAAAUCUUUUUUUGUGAAAGCAAACGAUUAUAGAGUCAUGCGGCUAAUAGUUUUUUGGAA